UUCCAUUUGCCGAAAUUACCGAGAAUAUCGAGUCCAAAAUGAGCGUGAUUGUGAAUAGUGAAGACGUGAAAUACACCGACAAUUUCAUCGAGACCAAUUACGUUUAUCGAUACACUAAAGCGGAGAAAAUCGGCAAUGCCGUUCGGGUAACGCCGUUAUCGGAAAAACUAGUCAUAAAAACGUCGAGGAAAUUACCGAAAUUGGGAGUUAUGCUGGUAGGAUGGGGCGGCAAUAACGGAUCCACCUUUACGGCGGCCCUUUUGGCCAAUAAACUUGGUUUAUCGUGGCCCACCAAAAAAAGAAUACAAAAAGCCAAUUGGUACGGUUCCCUGACACAAGCCGCCACAGUUUCCUUGGGCGAUGAUGUUUUCGUGCCGUUUUCCCACCUCCUUCCCAUGGUGGAUCCAAACAACAUCUUCAUCGACGGUUGGGACAUCAACUCCAGCAACCUAGCGGACUCCAUGGAAAGAGCGCAGGUCUUGGACGUGACGCUACAACAGCAACUCAAACCACACAUGGAGAAUUUGAAGCCCAGACCUUCUGUAUACCAACCGGAAUUUAUAGCGGCCAAUCAGAUGACUCGCGCUGACAAUUUAAUCUCCGGCACGAAGCAAGAUCAACUGGAGCGCAUCAAAGCGGACAUCCAGGAUUUCCAAAAGACCAAUGACCUGGAUAAAGUCGUCGUGGUGUGGACAGCGAACACGGAAUGCUACAGCAACGUUAUCGAAGGUAUUAACGACACCGCUGAAAACAUCAAAACCGCUAUAGCUUCUAAUCACAGCGAAAUAUCCCCUUCGACUCUAUUCGCUUACGGCUGCAUAUCCGCCGGGUGCACUUACAUCAACGGCGCCCCGCAGAACACCUUCGUGCCGGGAAUUGUAGAUUUCGCGGAGAAGCAGGGCGUCUUCAUCGCCGGCGACGAUUUCAAAUCGGGACAGACGAAGAUCAAGAGCGUUUUGGUGGAUUUCCUGGUCGGGGCGGGCAUCAAACCGGUCAGCAUCGUCAGUUACAAUCAUCUCGGUAACAACGACGGGAUGAAUUUGUCUGCUCCCAAGCAAUUCAGAUCCAAAGAGAUAUCCAAAAGUAACGUGGUAGAUGACAUGGUGAAUUCCAACGAGGUGCUCUACAGUCCCGGAGAAAAGCCAGAUCACGUCGUGGUAAUCAAAUACGCACCGUACGUUGGCGAUUCGAAACGAGCAAUGGACGAAUACACUUCAGAAAUUUUAAUGGGAGGUUUGAAUACGAUUGUGAUAUACAACACGUGCGAGGAUUCCCUUCUGGCUACUCCCAUCAUACUGGACUUGGUGCUUCUGGCGGAGCUCUUCUCCAGAGUGAAAGUGAAAAGGGCGGAUUGGAGCGAUGAGGAAUACACCGGUCUUCAUCCGGUGCUGUCGAUUCUAAGUUACCUUUGUAAGGCUCCCAUGGUGCCCAACGGAGCGCCGGUUAUCAACGCUUUGAACCGGCAAAGGGCUUGCAUAGAGAAUGUAAUGAAAGCGUGCAUAGGUUUACCGCCCGAGAAUAACAUGUCGUUAGAACACAAAUUGCCAUUUUUGAUGACUAACUCAACGUGCACUGAACCACCCAAAUCGAAGAAACUGAAGAUGGAAAAUGGAGGACACUGAAAGCUAGAGAGAAGAGCAAAUUAAUUAGGAAAUUACCUACUUAUUAUAAUUAUGUACUUUUUGUUAUAUGUCGUUUGUCUGAAAUAAAAUUUAAU